AUGAGAGACCCGGUGGGAACCGACGAGAGCAUACCUGACUUGGUUCCUGGAGGGAGAGUCAAUGGCAGAGUAGCCUUCAAGUGGAAAACCGGUGGGAGGCAGGCUAGCAACUCUGCAGAGCAAAAUUACAGCGGCUAUGACAAGCUUGGAGAAGGCCCAGCUCCUUGGCGAACAUCUAUGGAUCAGGAGAAGCCGAAGGAGCAGCCAAAAAAAUCUGCAGCGAACGGAGCCGCAAAUGCUCCCACGCAUCCCCAGUAUCCAACUGGGGGUAUGGUAGAACUUACAGGGCUGCAACGGCAAGACUUGAAUGCUCGCAUAGGCAUCAUCCGCGCCUUUGAUUCAGCCACCUCGAGAUACACAGUGGAACUGAUCGAGGAGAAUGGCACCACCAGAAGCAUCUUGGUGAGGCCAGCGAAUAUGGACUUGUUGUGUCCCGAAGAUCCACAGCCCGAAGAGGUUCGCUUCGAGACGUCCAAGAGACCAGACCAAGAGCCUCUUCGCAGUCUCAAAGCUCCCACCAUGGCUCCCUCAGUUUCGGGUGUGGUGGAUCCUGGAUUCCAAGCUUCAGCUCCAUCAAGUGCUUCAGCGUUGGCCUUAGAGUUGGCUGGUGCAGUGGAAAGUUGCAACUUGUUCCAGGUGCAGGCAUUGCUUCGGGACAGAGCCGAUCCAAACGGACGUUCACAGACAGAAGUACCUCUAUUGCUGGAAGCAUCUUCAGCGACCAAAGCAGGCAGAUCAAGCAGCACAAGCCUUGACUUGAUCGCAUUGCUGUUGGGUUGGAAGGCUGAUCCGGAAGUUCUUUUGGAUCGGGACCGUGAACGCAAGGGCAAACGAGCCGUAUUUUCCGCAGAGGCAGUGGUACUUUGCCAGAUCUUCAAGAAGAAAGAUGCUGAGAGUGACGAGGAGCGUGCUGUUCUCUCCAGUCUCGAACCUGGAGCAUUGGCACAGGCUAGAAGGCAACUAAAGCUGCCAGGUCCAUUUGCGAUGGGUGGCAUGUCACCGGCCGCUUGCUUACAAGCCGAACGUGAUGGUUUGGAUGUGCAUUGCGAAGAGCUAGAGGCCACUUCGGCGCACCGCUUGUGGAUCUACUCUGUGGACCGUUUGCGUCCAGUACUUGUCAUGCGACCUCUAGGCCGACCAACUGCUCUAGUCGUUCUGCUACACGGGCUGUUUCAGUCGGCGCAGAUGUUGGAAUACAUGGUCAGAGACCUGUCUUCUUCAUUGCCUCACGUGUUGUUUGUCAUGCCCACUGCGCCAACGCGAGAUGCUUGGGGCGUGGGGCCUGCCUGGUUUGACCAUACUCGUUCAGCACGCAAAGCAGAGUCCUUGGAGGCUUGCCGAUCAGAACUGCUGGCUUUGUUGAGCUCUCAAGGUCAGGACUGGGGCAUCCCACCAGAGCGGGUGGUGCUCGCUGGCUUCUCUAUGGGAGGAACCGUGGCCGCAUGGACGGCACUGCAGGUUCCGCGAUGUCUUGCAGGUUUGUUGCUUUUUGGCACGGAAGGUCUCAGUUUUACUGGUGGUUGGGCAACACCAAAAGCACUCAGUGGGCCUCAGUCGGACUGGGCCACAGGAGCCGAUGGACUGCAGGUGCUUCAAUGUCAUGGCCGAGAGGACACACUAUGCCCAAUCGGCUUUGCCACUACUUGCACCGACGAACUUCGGAAGCUUGGGUGUAGUGUUCGCUCUUUGGCCUUCCGCGGGGUGGGCCAUGCUUUGUCGGCGGAUAUGCUGGAGGAGGCAAAAGAUUGGCUUCAAAGAAGAAUACCUUGA